AUGAGCGCGAGGCCAAACCAACGGAACAUCAAGUGGGUUGAGGGCCUUCGAGGUAUCACCUCCGUCCUCGUCAUCGUCACCCACAUUUCCCGAGCGUACGAUUUCCCUCUUUUCUGGCCCGCCGACCAGAAAGAUGGCACACCGAGAUUGUUGCAGCUCCCAUAUCUGCGGCUGCCCUGGCAGGGCCGUAUCGGCGUGCCCAUCUUCGCCUUCCUGACAGGCUUUGUGUGCGCAUAUAAACCGAUCAAGCUGGCGUACAUCCAAAACAAUGCCCCGGCAUCCCUCAAAUCUGUCGCUCGCAGCGCCUUCCGCCGUCCGCCACGGCUCGUUUUGCCCGCCCUAAUCGCCACUUUCAUUAGCUUCUGCAUGUCAAUUCUAGGUGGUUACAAGUCCGCCAACCACUGUGAUAGCUACUGGGUGCGCUUUGAUGCGCCUGACCCACUGCCCUUCUGGGAUAACGUGAGACGGCUUUUCAGGAGCUCGCUGACAACCUGGACAAACACGGAGAACCUCUACGACCGGCACCAGUGGGCAAUGCGUCCGCUACUAGUUGGUGCUUUCCAGGUCUACAUCGUGCUAGCUGCAACCAUCGGCAUGCGGUUCAAGUACCGUGUGCUCGUGCAUGUCAUGUUGAUUCUGUACUGGCUGAUGAACCACAACGCUUUGACAGAGACCUUCGGUGCCAUGCUUGCGCUGGGGACCCUGCUUGCCGAACUGUCGCAGCACCGCCCGACCCAAAACCUGCUCUCGAAGUACCAGCGGCUUUGCACCUACGUCCUCGCCCCACUCAUCUUCCUCAUCGGUGGCUAUGUUGGCUCUCACCCCGCUGAGCACGAGGAUUGGGCUCCCUGGUCGCUGCGCCUUCACAAAUUCCUUGUCAACCCCGUCGAUGGUCACCGCACCGGCAGCCUCAUUGUCCCCAAGGGCACUGAUCUCAACCGCCGCACGUCCUCGUUUUUCAUUAUGUGCACCGCCAUCUCACUCUUCCUUUCUCCGCUUUUCCAACAACUGCUGUCCCACCGGGUUCUGAUCUGGCUUGGUCACCACUCGUUCGCCGUCUACCUCACGCAUGGCACCAUCCUGCGUACUGUCGGCAUGUGGAUUGUGUAUGGCACAAGCGGUGAGCCUUUCACGCCCGGCGGGAAGAACGAGGAUGGGUCCAACAGGGAUCCAAUCUGGGUUAAGCCCAAGGGCCGGCCGUACAAGAUGGUAGCCAUUGUGGUGUUCACUGUCUUGACGUACACUGCCGCAUGGGCCUGGAUGAGGUGGGUAGACACCGCCUGCGCGCGAGCUACCCAGUGGCUAGAGAAGAAGGUCUUUGAGGACGAGGACACGGAGGGCAAGGCAGGCUUGGCGGAGAAAGGCUACGCCAAUGGGCACACCCGCGGCGUGUCUAAUGGCCAUGCUCGCGGAAUGUCCAACGGCGGCUUGCUAGCUCCAAGAAGCCAUCACGAGGGCGAACGGCCGUUACCUCCUCCCUAG